AUGUCUGUAGCCGAAGUUCAGUUCGAGCAUUACCGGGCGCCCAACACCCUAGGCGUUCAGGAAACAGCGCCCCGCCUCAGCUGGAAGAUCAAAGAACAGCGUUCUACAUUCAGUCAACGUGGUUACGAAGUCAAGUUAACUGUUUUGCACUCUUCAUUGGCUACUCGUCACUCGACAAUCUCGCAAUUAGUCCCGUGGCCUUUCGACGACUCGCUACAGUCGCGUCAGCGGGUUUCUGUCAGCAUCCGGGCCUGGGAUGAUCAAGGGGAAAGCACUUCCUGGAGCGAGCCUGUAGAGCUCGAGAUUGGCCUUUUGAAACGCUCUAACUGGGUGUGUGAACAGAUUGCGGCACCGUGGGCUGGUCUCACCAAGGGACCUGACUGCGAACAGCUUUUUCGCAAACAAUUUCACAUUGACCCUUGCGUCGGCAAUCCCUUAGUCAAAGCGCGCCUAUAUAUCACAUCACAAGGCGUUUAUGAAGCAGAAAUCAACGGAAUCCGUGUAGGAGAUCAUUUCAUGGCUCCAGGCUGGACUUCAUAUGCUGGCAGAAUUCAGUACCAAACAUAUGAUGUGCUUACUCUCCUGAAAUCCGGUCAAGACAAUUGUAUAGGUGUCCGUGUGGCAGAAGGGUGGUUUUCUGGCCGACUUGGAUUCAGGGGUGGCCACCGUGAUACUUGGGGCUCGGUUAAUGCGCUCCUAAUGCAGUUAGAGUUGACUUUCCAGGACGGCGCAGUAAAAACUGUAGCAACCGAUCAAUCUUGGAUGGUCACCCGAGGUCCGAUCAGACUCGCUGAGAUUUAUGACGGCGAAAAGUACGAUGCCACGCUCGAAGUACCGCUUUAG